CAGAGGCGGACUGACCAUUUGGAAACUCGGGCACUGCCCGAGGGCCCGGGGUCAGUAGGGGGCCCCAUGAGAUUCCCCUGGUACCUUUUUCAUAGGCUUUUUUGAGUUUGGGCAAGGACACAGGGUCCCCAUGAUCCCCUAUUGCCUGGGGGCCCCAUGAGUUGUCAGUCCACCCCUGAAUAUCAGUGCAGCCCCAUCAGUGCCAAUCUGAGUCCAUCAGUACCGCUUCUCAGUGCCCAUCAGUGCCGCCUUAUCAGUGGCCAU